CGAAGGGUUUAAACGAGCUCGAGGCGUCAGUUUUUCAAUUCUUUGCGGUGGAUAGUACUAAAUUACCCCACCUUCACGAAAGACCGAGCAUUUGCCUUGCCUUUCAAGGUAGGUUGAGUGGAUUAACUUGUGCAACUGAUUUGCAACUGAUUUGCCGAUAGUCAUCAAACAGUACAUUACAGCGACAAGGAAGACGUCGAUUUAGAAAUGAAUAUAUAUUUUCAGUUGGAAUUUCGCGAAUGACUGGAUGUACUAACCAUCUCUUAUGAGAGCAGCGUUGAUUUCCAAGUGAAAAGUUAAAUAAUUUGCCGUCCACGUUUCUUUUCUCGGAAAACGCAGAUUUUGAUAAUUCACGUUAUUAUCUGCGACUUUAAGCAAACCGCGACGACGACAAUAAAGGGAACGUGGCAAAACAAAAGAUCUAAUUGGCAGAACAAUUGCUCAGCUCGUGCGUUUUAAAGCUUUGUAAAUUUCUUAGGCUUGCUCUGCAAAACAACAACAACGUGAAAUCACCAAAAUUUGCAUGGUCUGCGAACGGAAAAGGGGAACGACAAAUUAUUUUGAUUUCCAUUUGGAACUCAAAGCUGCCACCAUAAUUAUGUUGUGCUGAAGUAAAGGUGUGGCUUUGUAAAAAGUAAACACAUCUUGUCAUUUUCGAAAUUCUAACUAAAAAUAGAAAUUGACUUUUUAAUCGACGUCCUCUGUGGCGUAGCUUCCUGAUUGCCUAAGGUCCCUAUUUUUCAGAGGCCGGAUAAGAAAUGAAAACAGUUUUAAAAGGGAAGCGCUGAGCUAUUGUUCUGCCCAAAGAAGUCUUUCAAGUUUUUAUGUCACGGCCAAGUCAUUGUUUCCGUCGCCGUCGUGGCUUUUUUUUUCAGUUUUUAAUUUUAUAUAUUUCUGAUACAAAAUACAGACAUAAUUAAAGUUACUACACAGAAACAAGGAGGUUUUACCAACAACAGCCGCGCAGUAGCUGCAGUGAGCAUUUUCACCAAAAUAAUCUUUAUAAAAAAAGUAUCUUUCGAUGCCGUCCAAUGCUUUCCCAUGCUGUCUGUCGUGUAUUCGUGGUAUCUUUCGAUACGUCGACAAAAUUCGGUUUACAUUUGUUCAGGUCUUCGCUAGUUGUCGCCGUUACGAAUUAAACAUGACUGGUCAAAAUUGCAGCUUUAUCUUCGUGCGCGAUGCGAUCCACGUUUGGAGAAGUUGGAGCCGAUUUUGCUGGCAAAAGUCGAGUGUAUAUUAUGAUCGAUAUCGAUAGCAAGAUCUACUCUCGCUCGUCAUUAAGAAAAAAUAGGUUUUAACGGGGUUUAGACAGUUUUAAGCUAAUUCCGACAUAUUUUUUGAAGGAAUCUUUGUUGGAUAAUUUGUUGUAGGAUGUUUCUUCUUUUUCCAAAAAUCCUCGUGUCCUUUUUCCAAGGAUCAGCGCGUCCUAUUCUCGAUACCAGCUUUGACUGAUUAAAGACUGACAGAUAAGUUUGCCAACAAAAGGCAACAGAUGACUGAAAUAUUGACCAAAACUUAGCGUCAUAUGGUCACAAAAAUAGGCUGUUUGUAUAAUUGAAAAGAAAAACUAAGCUUUGUUAAUGAAAUUCUGUAGAGAUUAUGCCAUGAAACGCGUCACUAAAGUCUUACAAGCACAUGCCGUCUUUCGCGUAUUCUUGGUAUCUUUCGAUACGUUAACAAAAUUUUGUUUACAUUUGUUCAGUCAGGUCUUCCCUAGUUGUCGCCGUUACGAAUUAAACAGUACUGUUUAAAAUAGCAGCUCUAUUAUCGUACGCUACGCAAUCCACGUUUGGAGAAGUUCGAGCCGAUUUUGCUGGCGAAAUUUGAGUAAUAUAUUAUGAUCGAUAUCAAUAGCAAGAUCUAUUUUUGCGCGUUAUCAGGAAGAAACAGUUUUUUUUUCCACGAAUCUUUGUUCGAUAAUUUGAUGUAAGAUGUUUCUUCUUUUUCCAAGAAUCCUCGCGUCCAAUUCUUUAUACCAGCUUUGUUUGAUUAAAGACUGACAGAGAAGUUUGCCAACAAAAGGCAACAGAUCACUAAAAUAUUGUCAAAAUAAUUAAAGUUAGUCAUGUUUCCUGUAGCGAUCCUUUCGACCGAGAAAUAAUUCGCUCUUUCUUCGACGUGUACCGCAACUAUCUGUCAGAGAAAUCUGUAAAACCUUGAGAUUCUGCGGCAAAUGAUCCAACUUUUUUAGACAACCGUGGCACUGUCUACAAUUAAAUGUACUUUCAGAAACGAUCACACGACUGACACUUCGUUUCGUUUCGUUUCGAUUUCGUUUGACAUCGUUUCGUUUCGUUCGUUUCGUAAGCGCGAUGCCAAUGGAACAACGUCCUCUCCUUAUUCUAUUCCAAAUAUCACCUAAAAUAUUUUUCUAUAUCCUGAAAGCAAAGUAGAUAACUAAACGCGGACACUGAAUUGCAAAUUUACCCGAAAUAAUGGAAAAUAAGUUCACUUGAAUUAUUGUUUAGCUCGAUUACCUUUUUCGCUAGCACGCAAAAAAUAUCAUCAAGUCACAUAAUUUUGCAUAGAUUAGAGUGACUUCCCUCGCUUUCGUCUCACCUUGGGGAGGGGGUGGGUACGCCUUACGUAAGCUAACGGAUAACCAAAGUAUUGGCCAACAUUCAACAUCUUACGAUCACAAAAAUAGCCCGUUUGUAUGAUUUGAAAGAAGAACCAAGCGCACCUUUAAGUAAACUAAAUAGAGAACAAAACACAGAGCACUCAAAGUAUUUGAAAGAAAAACUAAGCGCUCCCUUAAUGUAAAAUAAAUAGAGAAAAAAACACAAGGCACUUAGAGUAUUGACCACCGAAUUUGAUCAAUAUUUUUAGAUGGAAGAGGAUGAAAUACAGGUUGAAGGUUUGAAUGCCUGAACUGAUCAAUAUAUUACUAUGACAAUACCACAGCAAAUCGACUGAGGAGAAUUAAGCGCAAGCACAGUUAAGAUUUAUCAAAAUUUGUCUCAGCGAUGUAAAUUUUCUUGCAUUCUACUCUUCCACCACGUUGCACGUAACCAGUAGUCGGGCGACUGAUCCCACAUGGAAAUAAAACACCUGAAGAUCAGAGUAUCAGCAGCCGAAUUUUGAUUUCUCGUCAUAAUAAAAAACUAAGCACUUACGUCUUCAUAGAUGACUCAAAACUGUUUCAACAAAUCAACUCUUUAAAGGCUGCGACACGAAUGAAGCACGUGUGAGCAAAAUCACUUAAUGAUCCAAUUGAUGCCAGAUGUUGUCCGAAGAGUAUUUAUGUCGGCGUCAUAAUCUUUUGGCUGAGGAAAACAAACAGCGUAUUAUUAUUUUGACAAUGCUUACUAAAUAUUUCUUAAUAAUUUUCUAUCCACAAUGGUUUGGUCAAUUUACAAAUGUUUUAUUUUCUUCCUCUUAUAUUAAUAAAAAUUAUUUUUUUCAAAGUUUGUUAUCAAGAAUGGCACAUGAAGGGACCUCAGAGAAAAGUUCUGAUGCCUCGGCAACUGAAGUUGGUCAGAUUAUAUUUGGUGCAAAAAACUUGGAGUAUCAGAUCGAAGAAUUUGUCAGUUCCGGUGGCCAGACAGUUAAUAUCCUCCUGAGUGGCAAGACAGGAGUUGGCAAGUCUUAUUUGACAAAUGCGCUCAUUGGAGAAAACGUUGCAGCAGAAGGAUAUGACAUCGACCCACAAACUGAUGACGUAAGCUACUUUGAUAUCGACAAUUACUUCACCUUUUAAACUAUUAUGAGGUGCUUUCAUUAACGGGUUACUGUGCAUUACUUGUGGAUAGGAAAAGGGAUAAUAUCUCGCGUCCAUGCAUGUCUAGAAUCCAUCUGUUCCCUUUUUUUCUUCCGGAAAUUCCCAUCUUUAAUACUUGAAAUUAAGAAAGAAUUAUCGAAUUACUCUACAGGUAUUAGGUACAAAAUUACUCUAGGGAUAAGAAAAUACUUCUUUUCAACGUCUUUUAGACGGACAGGGCUUUAUAUGAAUAAAACGUUUUCAUGCAUUUUUCUCGCGUAACUGAGGUAACAUACCAAGCCAUAUCAUAAUGAAAUCUCUGUUAGAGUUAAAAGUAGUAAUCAUUUCCUGUUUUAUGUCCCUCAGGUAACUGCUUAUGAAGUUGUCAAAAACGGCGUAACUAUCACAGUGUUCGACACUCCAGGACUUGCAGACGCAACCGGCAAUGAUGAAGAAUAUCUGCGGAAAAUCAAGGAGAGAGUGACCCACUUCGACUUGUUUCUCUUCUGCACUGAGAUGACCAGUAAGCGAUUCCGCACCGACGACUUGGAAACGAUAAAGAAGCUUACAGAAGCCUUGGGGGAGAAACUUUGGGAACAUGCUCUGGUGGUUUUAACCUUUGCCAACGAAGUCCCACUAUCGCCAACCAAGAAGACAGAUGACGUACCUGAAGCAACCGCUUUCAAUGACAGCGUUUUAGCUUUCAAGAAAGCGAUAAACAAACAUUUGGUUGCUAUCGGAGUACCUGAUAUUACAGCGGCUAAUGUGCCAUUUACGCCAGCCGGAGAGUUGGAUGAUCCAAGACUUCCAGAUAGAGAAGACUGGUUAACAGCAUUUUGGAUCUCAGCUUUCAAACGUAUCAACAAGAACGCAAAAGCUGCUUUCCUGAUGGUAACUGUUGAUCGUAUUUCAUUUUCUUCCACCCUUAGUGACGGAAACGAAGAAAUCAAAGUAAGGAAAGAUGGCAACGUUGUCAGUCUUGGCCAGUUCGGUAAUUUAUCCAUCGAAGACAGGAAUGCAAUCACAGAGCUCAAAAAAAAAUUGAAAGAGAGCGACUUUGACGAAAAAUUGAACCGUUGUUUCCAGAAAGGCGGGACGUCCGACGAGCCUGGCCAAGAUUCAAAGGUGUCAGGUCCCUCCAUCAAGGUGAAUGAAACGUACUCUGAAGAAAUCAUUAGGGAUGUGUUUGGCGGUGUAUCAGGGCAACUCAUCGGUGAGCUGACCGGUGCUAAAUCUGGUAAAAAGUACCAAACAUUCUUCGGCUGGCUAACGAAGUAUUUUAAGAAGUCUUACCCAACUUCCCGACCCACUUAAGCUGGACCAGAAGGCAUGAAGAAAUGAUCACACGGUGGCCAAAAGAGUGAAAAAGAAAGGAACUAUUUGCCAUUAAAAAUAUCAAUCAGUUACACUAUGAACAUAUAAUCUAUUGACGGAAAUGAACUCUAUAUACUUAAAAGGUUCAUGCCACGUUUCUGAAAUAAAAUAUUCUGUAGAAAAAGGUUCAGAUAGAUUGCAUAUAGCUCCAAGCGUUUUUCUGUUACAAGAUAAGACGAGUUUCAUUCAUCUGCAGAUAAAGUUGCUGAGUUCUAAGUUCAGGUAGAUUGCAUAUUAUAUGUGGGCUUGUUAGAGAUCCAAGCGUUUUUUGUACAAGAUAAGACGAGUUUCAAGCAUCUGCAGAUUGAGUUUCUGAGUAAAAUGAAACUAUUUAGCUCUAUUUAAUACAGAAG